AAAAGAUUCGGCGUCCGUCUGAAUGAAGGUCGUAACUAUUGUUAAAUGAUAUUUUAUAAUCUAUCAAAAUUGCCAUAACAACAAUUAAACAUCAAAUAAACGUUUUGAUUUUUUUACGUGUAGUAAAGUGGAUAUCUUUUGUAAAUAAUAUUCUAUAAUGGCUGGAAACUUUAGAGGGUUUGAUGAUGAAGAAGAUGUACUGGCACCUAAAGAACCACAAGUCACGUCACAGGAUCCUAAUGAACGUAAAGCUGGAAGAGCCUUGCGUAUUAAACGAAGGCAAGAAGCUCUUAAAAGAGCGGAGCAAGCAGCCGAGGAGGUAAGAGCAGAGGAAGAACCUGGUCCUAUCGAGCAGGCGACUGCAAACGCGGCAGAGGAGCUGCAGCGGUUGACUUUAGAUGGCGCUGCCAAAGUCACCAAUGAAGCCCAAAUACAAUAUGACGCUAUCACGUCUAACUGGGAUGCAAUGUUGAAGAUCAAAGACCCUUUAGACAUCGACGUUGAGAUUAGUGAGCAGAGAAAGAAAUGCGACGCCCUAUUAGAACAGAAGAAUAAACUAAUCGAAGAUUUAAAACUGGAAUUGAAACGAACAGAUGACGCUUAUUACGAAGAUUUGGAUAAACAAGAUAAAGAAAUAAAAGAAUUGUCUGACCGAAUCGAGAAGCAAGUGACGAUAAUGCAAAGGGCAUACGAGAAGCAAUUAUCUUUGAUUGAGCAAGCCAUAAACAUGGAACGCGAUGCGAUGGUGGAACACAACAAUAAACGAUGGGAGGCGCUCUACAAGCAGAGGGACAAGGAAGAACUUGUACACAUGGACUAUAAAUAUGAACAGUUAGAAGAGCAUAAAAAGGAAGUGGAAGCCAUUAUGUGGGACCACCAUACUAAAUAUCGCGAGGCGAGAAUUGAACUUGAAAACUUAAUUCAAGAGUUACAAAAAGAACAAGAGAAAUUGAAAACAACAUGUCUUAUAAAUACGGAAAAAAUCGGGUACAAUUACCAGGUGUUGAAGAAAAGAGAAGAAGAAAACGUAUUCGUUCGUUCGCAACAGAAACGUAAAUUGAACAAGAUGUCUGAUGUUGCGAACAGUUUGCGCUCCAAAAUACGAAAAGCGGCAGAAGAUGGCGCUAUAGAGGAGAUGAAAGCUGACGCGGAGAUUAUAAAAUUGAUGCAAGCGAUGGAUGAUUUGGAGAAGAAAUGUAGACAUUUUUCCAAAGUGAAUAAUUACAAGUUUACCCAAGUUUGGCGGAUGUCGGAGUCGCAAUGUGCGCAGCUCAGCCGCGACAUUCGUAAUACAGAGGUUGCGCUGCAUGCACACAUCCUAGCGGAACCCCCGCCCCCGCCGCCUCCUAAAUUCCCUAAAAAUCCCUUAACUAAAUAUGAAUAUGAAGGGCCACCCAUAGUUCGGCGUGAGGCAAAAGAAGACAGUGUUAAUGCUGUAAACAAAGACGCAAAGGAUAAAUUGAUUCAGCAUAUACUGAAAUUGGUAUCAGACAACACCGGAUUUUUGGUGGAGGAUCGAUUAUUAAAAUUAAUCGAAAAACAUCAGCCUUCUUCUAGAAAUUUAUGUACACUGGAUUCUAUAUUUAUGGCGCUAGAGAUUCAAGCCGAAGAGGACAUUGAACUGCUCUGUAAGACGUUUUUGAAUUAUGCCUUUUGUUCGAUUUGCGUUGGAAUGGAGUUUGGAACGAUGUCCGAUUCUUUGGAGCAGUUAUCUGGUGUUAGCAUACCAGUAAAGGACGAAUCUCAUCCAAGUGUGUAUAAAGGAAGUCGAGUUGAGAGGUCGUCUACGAAGGUGAGGAGCAGUGUGAUUGCUCGGAGUGUGUCUGCGUCUACUUCUCGUUCAAUACACGUCGGAUUCAAGAGUCAUGAGCUGUCACCUGAGGAAAGAGAGCUGAUGCAGGAGGCGGAUGAGAUCAUACAAAAGUGUGGUCAACAACAAGGAAGUUCGACUGCAACUGGCAUCACUUCCGAGACGGGCGCGUCUGCGCCAGGCCGGCGCGCGGGCCGUGGAGUCACCGUCUCCUCCUUCCAGACCCUCGCCAUGGACAAAGACCAUCCAUUCCUCUGCCCAGUGGGACAUUUACUGGAAAUUGAGCCUAUGCAAGUUCUAACUGCCCUCAACGAAUUCAUGUCUGUAUUCGUUCCGCCCGACAGGAAGAUAUUGAACGACAUUUUAGAUAGUGUCAAACCUCCUGAUUUCACGACACCGUCUCGAAGAUUGACGCCUGAUGAAAUCGAACAGUAUUGGAGUCAAUGUAAAAAUGUAUUUUCACCUGAAAAAGAUCGUUUUUGGGAGGGCCUGUUGGCUGGACUAAACAGUUAUCUGCCCAUAUUACAAGAACGCGAACGCUUGCACGAAGAAGUAGUGGAGUUGAGGGAUCGUAAUGUGGCGCUUCGUCGCUUGGUGCGCGGCGCCCUGCCCGAGCUGCCCGCGCCUCGCCGCCGCAACCUACGACGUGUCUUCACUGCUACCAUGCCUGAUUUAGCGCCACCACCAGCAUUCCCUUCAAUAUCAUGAAUUAUUUACAUAAAAAUUGGAGUCAAAAUAAAUGAAGUUAUGAAACCUAGUGGAUUUUCUGAUCAUAU